AUGGCAGCCUCGUGCGCCACGGAGUGUGCAAGACCCUCAACUCAACUAACCAUCGUUCUCUUGCUACCCCUUCCCCAUGCCCUUGCAGACCCGUGCACCGUCAAGGUGUGUGGCCUCCAUGCCUCAUGCGUGAAGGACGUGGGACAGCCGGCCAUGUGCGUCUGUGACGGGGGCUUCGCCAUGACGCCCGACCAGGGCUGCGUUGACACAUGCACGCUUAAGGCCUGUGUGGACGGCACGUGCAGCAAGCUGGAGAAUGGGACGGCCGUCUGUUCCUGCGACGCCGAGGCUGGCUUCAAGCUGCAGCUUGACAAGAGGACGUGCAAGGACGUGUGCGUGAUCGCGGAUUGUGAGACCAAAGACGCCAAUUCCGAGUGUGAGAGGAACCGGGACGAGGCCCACUGUAAAUGCAAGCUCAACUUCGAGCUGUUCCAGGGCGUGUGCACUGGUACGCUUCCUCGACUCCAUUUUGUGUCUGCCUCGCUUUGUGCAUCUGCGUGUCUCCUUUUCGUUGUUUUGUCCACGUUUCUCCGCUCUCUCAAACUGCCUUCUGCUGAUUCCCCUCCGCCCCUCCUUGCACAUCCCCUCCGCCCCUCCGCCCCUGCCCUUCCAGACACAUGCGUGGUGAAGGACUGUGUGGGUGGUGGUGGCACGUGCACCCAGGACGCUGAUGGAGUGGCAUUCUGCCAUUGUGAUGCCGUCGCUGGCCUCAAGCUGCAGGAUGACGGAAGGACGUGCAAGGACACGUGCGUGGUGAAGGACUGUGUGGGUGGUGGUGGCACGUGCACCCAUGAAGUCAACGGAACGGCAACCUGCCAUUGUGACGCCGAAGCUGGCCUCAAGCUGCAGGAUGACGGGAGGACGUGCAAGGACACGUGCGUGGUGAAGGACUGUGUGGGUGGUGGUGGCACGUGCACCCAUGAAGUCAACGGAACGGCAACCUGCCAUUGUGACGCCGAAGCUGGCCUCAAGCUGCAGGAUGACGGGAGGACGUGCAAGGACACGUGCGUGGUGAAGGAUUGUGUGGGUGGUGGUGGCACGUGCACCCAUGAAGUCAACGGAACGGCAACCUGCCAUUGUGACGGCGACGCUGGCCUCGUGCUGCUGGAUGACAAGAGGACGUGCAAAGACACAUGUGUUGUGAAGGGCUGUGGUGUGAACGGCAAGUGCCAGAAGGAAAUCACCACUGGAGUGGCGUCCUGUGUUUGCGACUUGGGUUUCACGCUGCAGGCUGAUGGCACCACGUGCAAAGAUAACUGCGAGAUCCUGAGCUGCAGUGGUCCCAAGGAGCACUGCGCCAAGAGCGCCACCACCGGCGAGGCAUACUGCAAGUGCGAUGACUACUUCCACAGGGCAGCUGGCGGCUUUUGCCAGGAUUGGUGCCCCUUCAAGAACUGCAACACCUCCGUCUCCACGUGCGUGAGGAGGGUGGACGGGAUUCCGUUCUGCAUUUGCAACCCGGGUGUCCCGCUGAAUACCAAGCUCUGCGUUGUCGUUCUUCCACCCCUUCACCUUGUCCCUUGCAUACCGUUCCCUUGUUUGUCUCUUCCCUCAUCAGACAAGGUACCUUCAGCAUAG